UUAUUAGUGACGUAAUCAACAGGAUUUCCACUAUAGUUACAAAGUUAACAUUUUCUAUAUCGUAAAAAUCCCUGGAAAAAAUAAAGUCGCUUUUGGUCGUAAUUUAAGGUUAGGCUUAGCAGUGUGGUUAAGGUGACGGUUAAAAUCAAAUGUUAAAAAGAUAAAUUGUAGAAAUAGGCGGGGUUUAUGACUUUGGCUGUUAUAACUACACGACCAAAAUAGAAGCCACUUUCUUUUUUUUGUUCGUCUUUUCACUGACAGACCCAGACUACCGGUUUGUUUCAAUUCACGCUUUGGGGCUUGAAUAAUUUCAUACGGAGAUACGUGCUAACACUGCAGCAGCAAGAUGUCGUACAUGCUACCGCAUCUCCACAACGGCUGGCAGGUCGACCAAGCCAUUCUAUCCGAGGAGGACAGAGCCCUGGUUAUUAGGUUUGGACACGAUUGGGACCCAACAUGUAUGAAAAUGGACGAGGUGUUGUACAGCAUAGCUGAAAAGGUGAAAAACUUUGCAGUCAUCUAUUUGGUGGACAUCACAGAGGUGCCGGACUUCAACAAGAUGUACGAGUUGUAUGAUCCUUGCACUGUCAUGUUCUUCUUCAGGAACAAGCACAUCAUGAUAGAUCUGGGGACAGGUAACAACAACAAGAUCAACUGGACCAUGGAGGACAAGCAGGAGAUGAUUGACAUUGUUGAGACCGUUUACCGAGGGGCGAGAAAGGGACGAGGUCUGGUCGUAUCUCCGAAGGACUACUCCACAAAAUACAGAUACUGAUUGGUUCUUCGCAUUGCUUUGUGUGAUGCCCAAUGGGAGCAAAUCUGUCUUUUCAAUAUUAGACUUUCUGAACAGCUGGACUUCAGACAGGCUCUCAUUAUGUUACAGACAAGUCACCUUUUUUCCAUCGCAGUUAUUAAAACCAUUUGUUAUUUUUGUAUUUAAUGUGGUGUUCAUAUUUGAUACUGCCAUUUAGCUAUCACUUCACAGCCUGUAUUCCCAGACUCAGAUUAAGGCUAGUCCUCGAUUUAAUAUAUAUAUAUUUUUUAAUCAUUCACAAUUAAUCUCAAUUGAAAGUGUUUCAGUUCAGGGUGGCUUAAUCUGGAAAAUUAGCACAUAUGUUUAAUCUGUGGUGUAUAUGUGAUUUGGGUAGUGAUGUGCCUGGCUGCGUCGCGCUCCCUUCCUCAGGAAGAUGACUGUCAAAUGUGUUGUAAGAUCCUCCUGUCUGAGAAGGGCCUCUUUGAAAACCUGCUGCAUGGGCUCAACUUGUCUCUACUGUGCUGGGAUGUUCUACUCCACCCAACAACUGAUUGAACACACAAGACAACCACACACAGAAGGCCAACUGUGACUUUGUGAGGUUGGAGUAUAGACUCUACACAGAUGACAGCAGUAACCUUCUGUUCCCCAACUUUGACAUCAACACCAUGGCCCCCAAAGACAUCCUAGGAGACGCAGAGCUGAAACUUGCAGUGGUUACCAACUCCCUGGACCUGAUCUUCCUCAAGAUGCAGCCUGGUCGUAAACAGGAAGUGUGUUUGAACUCCAGUAAAAUGACUGCCCCUUCAGUGAAGAGAAGUGUGUCACAGUGGAGAGCUACCAGGCCCAUCUGAGUGGGAAGCACUGCAUCCUGUCCACGCCAUCCUCAAGACCACAACAUUUAAAUGUAUUUACUGCAACGGCAUCUACACAGGCAAGACCACGCAGAGAGUGGCUACUCUAUAUGAGCGCAGCUGCCACUUCAUUAAAGCUGUUGGAUGAACUGCAUCGGGGCAGCAGGUUUUGUACUCAUUUUAGCAUUCUCUACCAGAAUGUAUUUUUUUGCCCCCCUUUGAUAUCAUGUACAUCGAUACAUUGCUGUGUUUUCAUUUAUAAAGCCCUUUUCCAAAAACUCA